AUGAUCAUUGGCAUCGAGCACGUACACCUUCUUACCAGUCUCAAGAUCCGUGAAGGUUGUAAGAGUGAUCCGGUCGCAACGAAAACUCGGAUCGGCUGGUGCAUCUACGGAAGGAAUUCUGGUAGCGUAGGGUCAGUAGAGCAACUGAACCUGCAUGUCGGUAAGGAAAUGAGUAACAGUGAUCUGUACGACUCGAUGAAACAGUUUUUCGCCGUCGAAGAAGCCGUGAUAACCAAGCCACUUGAGUCCGAAGAAGAUCAGCGAGCUAACAAUAUCUUGGCAGCGACAACAGUACGACGAGGGUGCCGAAUCGAGUCUGGAUUGCUUUGGCGCAAAGACGACAUCUACUUUCCUGAAAGCUACAAGAUGGCGAUGAGUCGGCUCCGAGGACUAGAGAAGCGCCUGUCCAGGGAUGCAGAGCUGCGCAGAAGAGUGAAUGAGCAGAUUGCGAGUUACGAAGAAAAGCAGUACAUCAGUAAAGGGUCACUAGCAGAGGUUGCCAGUCUGAAUCCACACCGUGUCUGGUACUUACCUCUAGGUGUAGUGAUCAACCCCAAGAAACCAAAUAAGAUUCGUAUGGUUUGGGACGCGGCUGCGAAAGUUGGUGGAGUCUGCUUCAAUGACAUGCUCCUUAAAGGCCCGGAUCUUCUCGUAUCGCUCAUGGAAGUUCUGUUGCGGUUCAGGCAAGGAAAAGUUGCAGUGUGCUCUGAUAUCCGGGAAAUGUUUCUGCGCAUCCUCAUUCGAGAAGAAGACAAGUGGUCACAGUGCUUUCUCUGGAGAAGGAGGCCUGAAGAGGACGUGCAAGUGUAUGUGAUCAACGUGGCAAUGUUCGGUGCAACGAGCUCUCCGUGUACAGCACAGUAUGUGAAGAACUGGAACGCAUCAGAAUACAGUGAACAGUAUCCCCGAGCAGUAGAAGCGGUAAUCAAAAACCACUACGUCGACGACUUCCUCGACAGUGUCAACUCGGUGGAAGAAAGCGGUUUCCAGUUCGGAAAAAUACUGUCCAACGAGCAGGAAGUACUAGACCGACUAGGAGAAACAAGUUCAGCUAUCAGUAAGCCACUGCCCGUAGACAAGGAUCGAGCAUACGAACGCGUUUUGGGCAUUACGUGGAUUCCUUCAGAAGACAUCUUCACAUUCAGCUACGAGGGAUUGGAGGAAGUUCUUGGUACCGACAGGACGGUGCCGACGAAGCGUCAGGUUCUGCGUAUCAUCAUGAAGCUGUACGACCCCCUUGGAUUCGUCGCACACUUCGUCGUGCAGGGUAAAAUAUUAAUGCAGGAAAUUUGGCGAACGGGCACGAAUUGGGACGAGCCGAUAGCAGAACAGUUACACGAUCUGUGGAGUAGGUGGAUCGAACUGUACCGGAAGAUCAACGAUAUUCAGCGACAGUUCUGGCAUGGCUUCGUUCGGACAGUCGUCGCUACAGAAACACUUUGGCGACAAGCUCAAUCCCAGGUGUACUCGGAGGAAAUUCAUCUGCUGUGCGAUGGACAUAGUGUUGCGAAAGGGAGUUCGAUUCGUGCGCUGUCCCCAUUCCUGGAUGAAGGAGGAGUUCUACGAGUUGGUGGCAGAAUCGAACACGCUCCGACUAUCCCAUAUGAGGCGAAGCAUCCUGUCGUAUUGCCGAGAAACCAUCGGAUCACGUAUCUCGUUGUGCUUAGUUAUCAUCAGCAGUUCCUUCACGCCAACAGUGAAACAGUUUGCAACGAGUUACGGCAGCAGUUUUACAUCCCGAGGAUGCGCAGUACAGUUAGGAGCGUCUGUCGCAGCUGUCAGUACUGCAUGAUCAAGAAGGCCACUCCAGCUCCACCGAUGAUGGGACCACUGCCAAAGGUCCGAUUAACUCCCUUCGUCCGUCCGUUUACCUACGUGGGAGUGGAUUACAUGGGCCCCUUCGAAGUUAAAGUUGGUCGCAGUAUCGUAAAACGUUGGAUCUGUCUGUUCACCUGCCUUACAGUACGAGCAGUUCAUUUGGAGUUGGCGCACAGUCUCUCAACGAAGUCAUGCGUGAUGGCGUUUCGACGGUUCAUCAACCGACGAGGAGCUCCACUCGAGGUCUUCUUAGACAACGGCACUAACUUUGUGGGAGCCAGUCGUCAGCUUUCGGAAGAGAUGCAGAGGAUCAACGAUAUCAACUCGGAUUGUGCAUCAACAUUCACCAAUGCCCGCACGCAGUGGCACUUCAAUGCUCCUGCAGCUCCACACAUGGGAGGCCCAUGGGAGCGAAUGGUGAAAUCAGUAAAAGUAGCGAUGACAGCAAUAUCGAACAGUCCUCAUCACCCUAGUGAUGAGGUAUUGGAAACUGUAAUGCUGGAGGCAGAGGGGAUUGUUAACAGCCGUCCACUGACCUACGUGCCCCUGGAAGCAACUGAUAGAGAAGCACUUACUCCGAAUCAUUUCUUGUUGUAUGGUUCAAGCGGAAUUAAACAGCCAACAGUUGCAGCUGAUCAAUCAGUAACUCUACGAGACAGUUGGACCAUCGCUAGGAAUAUCAUGGACGAGUUUUGGCGCAGAUGGGUGCGGGAGUAUUUACCCAUGUUAACCCGAAGGACGAAGUGGUUUGAUAACGUAAAGCCGUUGAGGCCGGGCGAUCUAGUCGUGAUUAUCGACGAGAAUGCUCGAAACUGUUGGGAAAGAGGACGAAUCUUGGAAGUCUUUCCGGACAAAUCAGGACAAGUGCGCCGCGCGACAGUGCAGACAGCCCGAGGAGUGUUCACAAGGCCUGCAGUUAAACUGGCAGUAUUAGAUGUUGUUGAAGUCAGCAAGGAGCCGGAAGAAGUCGUUCCGGAAACGGAAGUGGUUCACGGGGCGGGGGAUGUUACCGGCAACACUGUUCACCGCGAAACGGAGGUGAAACCACUGUCGGCUCCCUCGCGACUAAGCGGAUCCGCCGAAUUAAAUGACAGAUUGACAUCGACGUCAGACAGAACGGAAUGCACGACGUCAGUGGAAAACGAAAACAGAUUGUGAGUCAGCAGUUUGUAAAUGCCUUUGAGGCCGAAGAAAUAGUUAAUACAUUAUCACGAAUAAUUCAGUGAAUUAGAUAGAUUAUCAUACAGAAAAAAUCUCAGUAGGAUUUGAGAAAUUUACCACGCAGUAAGUGGUGACCAGAAUUGUGAAUUAAGGUAUAACUGCAUUGAACUGUGAAUCUAUUGUUUUACUGAUUAUAACCUUAAAGAAACGUGUGAAUAAGUUGAAACAAUUACUGUGUUAUUUGCGCAUACAGAACAGUCUUUCUACGGUGGAACAGUUAGGGACAGAAGUUAACGAAUAAUCCGAACAACAACACUGAAAAUGUAAGUUGAUAUUGUAUACUGUGACUGUUAUAUUACUAAUAAUGAAUUCAAUAUACUACAGCUUUGAAGCUGCUAAUUUGGCAACUACAAAACGGUGUUUGUUCUGACGA